UUCACUGCUUUACUGAGAUGAUGUGACUUUUAUGCUUUUAUGUUUCAGAUUUGGUAACCAAUCAAUGAAGAGAGAAAACUUUACUCUCAUCACUGACUUUGUUUUCCAAGGUUUCUCCAGCUUUCAUGAGCAGCAGAUCACCCUAUUUGGGGUGUUUCUUGCUCUAUACAUCUUAACCCUAGCAGGCAAUAUCAUCAUCGUGACCAUCAUCCGAAUUGAUCAUCAUCUUCAAACACCCAUGUACUUCUUCCUGAGCAUGCUGUCCAUUUCAGAGACUGUAUACACACUGGUCGUUCUCCCAAGGAUGCUCUCUAGCCUCGUAGGUAUGAGCCAGCCCAUAUCAUUAGCAGGUUGUGCCAUGCAGAUGUUCUUUUUCGUAAUCUUUGGCAUCACUAACUGCUUCCUGCUCACAGCAAUGGGAUAUGACCGCUAUGUGGCCAUCUGCAACCCCCUGAGAUAUAUGGUUAUUAUGAACAAGAGGGUGUGUACCCAGCUUGUUGUGGGGGCCUGCAGCAUUGGGCUGAUCGUAGCAAUAACACAAGUGACAUCUGUAUUCCGAUUACCCUUCUGUGCUAGAAAGGUGCCCCACUUCUUCUGUGACAUCCGACCUGUGAUGAAGCUCUCCUGCAUUGACACCACUGUCAAUGAAAUCCUGACUUUGAUUAUCAGUGUGUUGGUGCUCGUUGUACCUAUGGGUCUGGUUUUCAUUUCUUAUGUUCUUAUUAUCUCUACAAUCCUCAAGAUUGCUUCAGCUGAGGGCCGGAAGAAAGCUUUUGCCACUUGUGCCUCCCACCUCACUGUGGUCAUUGUCCACUAUGGCUGUGCCUCCAUUGCCUACCUCAAGCCCAAAUCAGAGAACACCAGAGAUCAGGACCAGCUGAUCUCAGUGACCUACACUGUCAUCACCCCGCUACUGAACCCUGUGGUGUAUACCCUGAGAAACAAAGAGGUCAAGGAUGCUCUGUUCAGGGCUGUUGGUCAGAACUUUUCCUGACCAUUUAGAAAGAGUUCUGCUGAGGCUGUCAACAUCCACGCUAGGCAGGAAUAUGAGGUGUAAACUCACAAGCCCUUGGCUCCUAGAGACCUGCCCCUUAAAUAAGACGCAAAAAGACAAAUAACAGUUUCAUACAACUGGGAGUCCAAAGCUUUAAAUGAAGUUUCUGGAUGGAGUGUUAUCCCUGUUUUUGUGGAUAAGAGACAAACAAAGAUAAGACUUGCCUAAAUAAAAGGUCAG